AUGAUCAAGAAAUUGAUAGCGUUUUACGCUGACAGCAUCCUGGCCAAUGCUAGUAAAUCGGACGAGCUAAAUUCAGCACUAAUUCGCGUAUGCUUCCGGAUGGCAAGAGACCUGGCACUUUUUCAAAAUGACUUUUAUGUGGAAGAGUUUAUGAAAGUGUACGACGCUAGCUUUAAGGAUAAGUCCACUGAAGAUGGACAGAUUAAUCUUAACCUUUUCCUCAAGCGCUUGAUCGAGAGUCAUCCAGCAUACCGAAAAUAUCUCGAUACUACUCUUCACCGAACCAGAACUAAAACUGUUUUUGACUGGCUAGCCCGACAUCACCUGCAAUUGCAUUUCAGGGACAGUGAGAGAGCAAACUAUUGCUCACAGAAGACAAAAUCAUUUUGGAAUAAAUCAUCGAUUCCUUCUGAAAUGGAUGCCGCUCUGGAAAAAAUGUUUAUUGUGAUAAAAAAAUAUUUACUUGUUCUUGGCCAAUUAUUCUUACGUCAGGCUGUUGAAAGCUCUCUAUCAGCAAAGAACAAUCUCAAAGACUAUCGUAUAAGUAUCUCUGCGUUCAUUAGUCUAAUGAAGCAAGUGCAAAUGUUCCCGCAGCUUUUUCAUCGCCGAGAACUCGAAGAUGCUGUAUGUCUUUCCUGCUGUUCUUCCCCAGUGACCAAAGAACUGAAUUUUCCAGAGUUUAUCGAAACUCUGGUACGCUGCUCUUGCAAUCUUCGUUGGGGUGAACUUGCAGGAGGAAAACAAGCAACCGAGACUAAAAUUGGCGAAACAGUGGUCAUCAUAAAGUUUGUGAUGCUCAUCUUUGCAAUGGAAGGUCAAGGCUCAGUGCUGCGAAAGCGAAAUGACGAUGUCACUGCAAUUUUAGAUUUCAUAGGACAACAACAAAAGAAGAAUCAAGCCGAAAAAAUAAUUCGUUUUCGUAAAUUGUUGGCUGAUAACAAGCGACGAAAUAAAGAAUUUUGUCAGAUUCCUUCCGUGUGGAACCAUAUUCGGGUCCAAUAUUCUCCCAAGCACUCAUCAAUAAAGUCUCUGACUGAUAGAUCAAAGGAUACUUUUGAUGGCUUGACCAAAUCGCGGGAAAAUGGUAUACCUCGUCAAAGCUUGCCUGAGUCAUCUAUGUCUGACGUUGACUCAAAGCACCUUUCUGAUGAUGACUUUUUCUCCGAUGCGACUCAUCCCGAAUUAUCGAACUUUGGCCCUGUUGAAUGUGGCAAAGUUACAGGUGAUCAAACGUACAGUAUCAGUGGCAGUAUUGAUGAAGCUAGCUCCGUAGUAUUGCCGUCAGUUUUUGAUUUCGGUGCAUCCUGCGCUGCUGACUCUCGCGAUUUAAAUCGAACCGGGUCAAUAAAGUCGAGAGACGGCAAAGCUGAUCCAUUCAAGCCUUAUAAUUGUUUUUCAAAGGUCCACUCUAACAGCGUGCCCUCAGCAACGAACUUAAGAAAAGUCGAGAGUUUCAUAAUUGUGGACGAACAAGCGACUUCGUUGCAAUCGACUGGCUUAUUUAAACCUUUGAAAAAAGAUGAAUUCCUUCGUGAAAUAGUAGACUGCAUUGGAGACGUUGAGCUAUUGCUAAACCAAUCAACCUUUGAUGGCAGCAAUCACUCCAAGCUCCAAAACACCCAACGUAGAAACACAGUUCCAGAUGUCCUAUUUCAAGGCCUGCUAAACACAACAUUCAGCUCGGGAUAUGAUGAACCGUCUCUGAGCGAUAUCGCUGAAGAUACAAGCUUAGUGUAUGGCUGGCAACAGCAGAUUGUUGAUCCUUUCAGCACAAAUGAAGACUCUGAAGUCCAAAUUCGCGACCCAUUGCUCAAUCACCUCACAGACACUGAACGCUUUACUGAAAACAACGAAUACCCUGAUCUGGUUACUCUUGCUGGCUUGGCGCAGGAAAAUGAAGUGUGUCAACAAAAGUUUUGA